AUGAAAGUAAUAUGUGCCGGGUUUCCCAAGACUGGAACGAAGUCUCUGGCAAGAGCGUUGCGAAUACUUGGAUAUUGCAAAGUAUACGAUUUCGAAGAGGCGAUAGAAUAUGGACUGGAGGAAUGGGGAGAAAUUCUUUUGAACAAAUCAACCGAUAUAAACAAGGUUCUUGAUGAAAUUUAUUCCAGAGAUGUAGAGGCAGUAGUUGAUUUUCCUCAUUCAAUUUUUUUCGAACAUUUCUACCGCAAGUGGCCGAAUGCCAAGGUCAUCCUAAUGAUAAGAGAUGAGGAUGAUCAAUUUAGAAGCUUCAAAAAUAUGUUAGUUGAAGCAAAAUCAACUUAUUGGCUGGCUAAUAAGAUACUGCCUUACUUUUCCAAAACCUCCAGAUUUUUCCUCAGAUGGAGCGACCACAUGUUGAUAACAGCAUUGGGCAGCGAGGAACCGAAUGAACUAAAAUGGAAACAUGCUUUCAGAAGACACAACGCUUAUGUAAAGUCUGUGAUUCCGGAGGAAAAACUCCUAAUAUAUAAUGUUUCCGAGGGUUGGGAGCCACUAUGCAAAUUCCUGGACAAAGCAGUGCCAACGAAAGAGUUUCCUUUCGAAAACAAAGCCGGGUCGAAAGACAGAAUUGCAGUGAAGUUGAUGACAGAUUCCAAAUUGAUAAGAGAAAUCAAAAAUGACCUGUUGAACGCAUGUUUAAUUUUGCCGAUAUUAUUUGCCUUCAUGGCGUGGUUUUGUUAUCGACUUCUGAUCUAAUCAGAUCGGAACCUCAAGAUAAUUUAUUUUUCAUUAUAUUUAUAUCCUGAAGACAUAACAAUUUUGUAAAUCCCGUGUGUAUAUACAGCAUUGUUUAAUUUUCUAAAGUUAUUUACUCCACUUGAAUAGACAAAUUGCUAGUAUUGUGCAAAGUUGCAGUCGAUUUGAGAAGGUGCAAACAGUAUUCUGGAGCCGGUGACUUGACCUCAUUCAUCCUUAACGACUCGAUGAUGAUUAAAUGCUAUAAUAAGUUUCGGAAUAACUAUGAUUUAACGGGAGAUGGAAGUUUUAAUGUCAUCUCACUAAUAUUUACAUAUUUACCUGCUUA